CCUACUCCUGCUGCUGCUGCUGCAAGGGACACACUAAAGGGUAACAGACUGCUGCACCUACUCCUGCUGCUGCUGCUGCUGCAAGGGACACACGGGCUGGUCUUAAAGGAUGAGGGCUGCCAUCUCACUGCUGGUGCUGCUGUUCUCCAUGUGUGGAGUUCAGUGUGGAGAGCUGGACGUCUCCGCUGAGCUGAAGGAACUCCGAGACAUGGUGGUGGAGCUGAGGGGGACACUGAAAUACACCCAGAAUGAGGUUAAGGUUUUGGAGGCCGAAAACGCAGCAGCAAAGACCAAGGUGGCCUUCUCAGUAGGCCUGGGCAAGGGAUUCACCCAGGCUGGCAGUGAUCACAUGAACUUGGUCUUCAGUAGAGUCAUCACCAACGUAGGAGAGGCCUACAGCAGCGAGACUGGCUUCUUCACUGCUCCAGUCAGCGGGGUCUACUACUUCAGGUUCACCGUCAGGGACGAUCCGUACUCGAGCGCCAUGCAUAUCAUGCUGAAUAAGAACGGAGAGAGGCUGGUGUGGCUUUGGGACUACGACACCGACGGACGCCCCAACUACCUGUCCAGUGGCCUGACUGUGCAGCUGGAGCAGGGAGACGCGGUGAACAUGAUGAUACCGGCAGGCUAUAGGCUCUGGGACGACGCUGACGGUAAUGAGAGCACCUUCAGUGGCUUCCUGCUCUUCCGUCUCUGAACGCCAGAACAGAACAUCACCAUGACAACUCAUCGCCAUUCAGCUUCCUGCUCUUCCGUCUCUGAACACCAAAACAGAACAUCACCAUGACAACUCAUCGCCACUCUGUUUGCAGAUCAUUUGUUUGAUAAAUGAUAAAUGUAAAUCACUGUCAUGAUCAAAUAAAUAUCUCUUUACCUGCCAACUCUGUUGGCUU